AUGGAGUUUCUGCGCAGGGUACAUCGUUCCCACGAGCACGCCGGCGACCAGCAAGAUGGCGGUGGUGAGUACUGGGGAGGCGACGAUUGGUAUCGUCAGGAUGGACCGGACGACGACGAGCAUUCCGAUGGGGUCGAGGUGUGGGUUCGCUUGCCACGCCAAGAAGAUGAAGACCACGACGGACAGAACGAGGUGUGCGAUGGAUCGCACCACCCAAGCAUCGCUGAACCGGCCGAGACAGCACCAACACAGGUCGUGGAUGCGUCUGUUCCAGACUCGACCGCCUCACAGACGCCGAAGAAGCGGCGCUUCACGCAGUCCGUGCUCGGGAUUGGUCUGCAGCCCGUUAAGCCUGCACCGACUCCGCCGCCACCUGCCAAGAAAACAACACCUGUAGUCCGACUCACCGCAGAGGAGAAGAAGGAGAAGUUGUAUUUGAAGGCCCAGAAAAGCUACACGUCGGAAUGGCUUCCGCGGUUCCCAUGGUUAAUCCUUGAUAAAUCGACUGACGGUUUCCCUUGUGUUCGCUGCAGUGUCUGUAUAGAGCACGGGAAGGACGAUGCUCGCUACGGCCGCAACGGGAAAGGAGGUCGGGACCUCCAGAUUGGGUCCUUUCGCUGGCACGAGGAGAGCGUGAAGCACGACGAUGCCAUGAAGAAGCAAAUGGAAGCGUUAGCUGUCAAGAAUGCAGCAGAGGCCUAUCCAGACUUCAACAUCGUGGACGACGCCAUCAGGGCCCUCGGGUCGAUCGUCGGGAAGUUAACUCCCUGGUAUGAGCGGUUCAAGGAGUUGCAGCAGGUGUACCACAAGACCAAUCUGGAGCACCAGGGGCUCCACAACGUGCGCUGGCUGGCACAGGGCGAGGCAAUGCUGCGGAUGUGCCGGGUUCUUGGGGCGGCGAUCUGCGUCUUCAUCGAGUACGAGCACAAGAUAGCCAGCACCGUGCAGACGUUGAAGUUUCACUUCUGCGUUUAUUUUCUGGCAGACAUCUUGCCCGAGCUCAACAAUCUGAACCGGUUUUUCCAGAGGCGAAAGGUGGACGUCACAAUCGUGGCGCAGGAGGUGGACCGCACGGUGUCGUACAUCCAACACCGCUACAUCGACUACGAGACGAAGUUCGGGGAGGGCCUUAGCCCACAGCUGUCGCCUUUCCUGGAGCGCCACAAGGAUGGCAAGCGUGAGCUGAAAGUGGAGGGCGUGGACUCCAACGGCCGCGCAGUGAGCCAGGAGAUUGUUCUAAGCGAGGCGCCCAUCGCUGGCCACAAGUUUGGCGGAACAAUGCGCGACUGCGAGAAGAUGUGCAAGGCAUUCGCCAAGCAGACUGUCCAUAAUCUCACCGAGCGGAUGGCGGAUCUUCAUCGCAUGGGCGGGACGAGGCUGUUCAAGGUGGAAUCGUGGCCCCCCAACCUCGACACACGCGAGCGGCGCUGCCUCAUGUGGCUUCGGCAAAACUCUGUGCUGUUCAACAACUGUCUGCCCGGUGAGAAUCUAGAACACUUUGUCAGUUGCGCAUGA